AUGGCGACAGCGACAGCGACCGACUACUCGCCUUUCCUCAAGCUACCGCUCGAGCUGCGUCUCAUGAUCUAUGAAUACGCCGUGGACAUCCCGAACGAAUUCAUGGACCGCCCGUUGAUCGUGGUCAACGACCGGGGCAACGUCUUCACCGCGCGCGGCCGAUACCGAGCCCUAGCCAUGUGUCCCAGCUGGGUGGGCGAGAACGGCCGAGUGCGCAGCCUGCUCUCCGUGAACCGCCAAAUCCACGACGAGGUCGAGGACCUGGUGUACUCGCGGAACACGCUGUUCUUCCUGAACUCAUUCAACCUCGACCGCCUGGGCGUGUUCCUGGACACGCUGAGCGCGACGGCGCGCAACCGCAUCCGCAGCGUCGGCUUCGAGAUCUUCUUCUUCGUGCACUCGCAGACCGGCGUGCCGAAGCGCACCCUGCGCGAGUACAAGGCCGCCGCCCGCAUGCUGAUGGAGAAGCUGCCCAACUGGACCAGCGUCAUUUUCUAUCUCGAUCCGCGCUUCUAUUUCCCGUCCUCCGCUGUCGGGGGCCUGGAGUCGGCCGCCCGCGGCAUCUGGUAUCUGGCAACCAUCUUUGGGGCCGUGGGCAAAGACCUGCAUUUCUUUCCUCUGCCCUCUAUGCAUCGCUAUGUGAUGGACGACGCGAAGAAGAUGCUUCAGGCUGGCACGCGGGCGUCGCCGGCGAAGCUCUCUGUCGCGUAG